CGUCCCAGACCUACAAUCAAACCACCGAAAUAACUGUUAUUAUAUUCAUUUCACGCUGCUCGGUUUGCGCUGUAUUAUCUAUUCCCAACAUCUCAGUAAAGACAAGAGACCAACCCAUCAUGAAGCUACUCAUUUUGACCACCAUUGCAGCUAUUUUAUAUCAGGCAUGCUCAGAAAAAAAUGAGGAGGGACAAAGCCACUGGUGCUGCAACAUUGAACUGAAGCCAUCCGUCAAGGAAGAAAUGGUGUUAAAGCCAGUAAGGAAAACUAAGCUUAUAACAAAGAAGGUGAUCGUGGAUUACGAGCCGUGUGACGAUGAAUAUGACGAAGAAAUCUUCAGCAGAUCAUGUCCUGUCUACGAGACAAAAAAGGACGAAAUAGCUUACUACAUUAUGAAGAAGAUCCUUGAGAAGACGACUGUGAAGGAGCCAUGUCCAGACGCCAAUAUCGUGUGCUGUGGAGAUCUUGUCUUGUUUGAAGAUAACUGCUACGAGGCGAGUAAAAUUGACCAACUUAAGAUGCUCAAGGAACUUGGUAUCAUCGGAAAGUGAGUGUGGUGUCGUGAAAUCACGUUCUGUCCCCAAGCUAAUACCGUACUCACAGCUCAUGUCAUUUUCUAACUGACGCUUAUACCGGCACAUGGCUCAAUAAAUAAAUACACUUCAAAAAUCAAA